UGGACUUUCUUACAUUGCCACAUUCAGAGCGACUCAUUUAGCCAUAGCCAGCGAAGGGUAAUUGACUAUAAAAUACUUUGCGCGAACCGACGUCCCGUUCAUUUAUGUUUUCGUACUUUAGUGUAUUUUAUAGUUCCCGGAAUUAUAGUGAUUGCUGUAAAAAGUCCACACCUUGUUAGGAUUUUCUCGACGGAUAUUAAACUGAAUAUUGUCCCUUGAGCUCAACGAGCUAACGUUAGCUAGCUACGAACAACAAACAACAGACUAAUCCGAGUUGUCAGAGAUUUUCGCUGGGAAGUUAGCUAGCUAGCUAGCUAGCUAGCUAGGUGCAGUUGUUUUCAGUAGCUUGUGGGCGAAGACUGUUAGAGAGUAUAUCUCGCCAACUGUAUAAUUUAAUUUACGUUGGUAAAUGAAUCACUGGAAUAACAGACAGAUAAGAUAACGUUACCGUGUCUAAGAAGGCUAAUCCAGGAGGUGGGUAUCUGGAUCAGUUUCGAUAACUGGCUAGCUGGCUAGCUGGUUUGUUGGCUAGCUGCUAGCUGGCUGGCGUGACCGUUUAACAGUAAGUUAAAACUUAGACUUUAAGUAUUUUUGUUUGAACAUCGUGCUAGAAUAUGGCUCAACAUGGACAUAGCGUUACUCAUGUAGCGAGUUCCCAAAAGGCACUGAUGCUGGAAAUGAAAAGUCUACAAGAGGAGCCAGUGGAAGGUUUCAGAAUAACUUUAGUGGAUGAAGCAGACUUGUAUAACUGGGAAGUAGCCAUCUUCGGACCCCCCAACACCCUUUAUGAAGGGGGAUAUUUUAAGGCUCGCAUCAAGUUCCCCACCGACUACCCCUACUCCCCGCCCUCCUUCAGGUUCCUCACCAAAAUGUGGCACCCCAACAUCUACGAGAAUGGGGACGUCUGCAUCUCCAUCCUUCACCCCCCCGUGGAUGACCCCCAGAGCGGGGAGCUGCCCUCCGAGCGGUGGAACCCCACGCAGAACGUCAGGACCAUCCUGCUGAGCGUCAUCUCCCUGCUCAACGAGCCCAACACCUUCUCCCCCGCCAACGUGGACGCCUCCGUCAUGUACCGCAAGUGGAGGGACAGCAAGGGCAAGGAGCGCGAGUACGCCGAGAUCAUCAGGAAGCAGGUGCUGUCCACCAAAGCGGACGCGGAGCGGGACGGGGUGAAGGUGCCCACCACGCUGGCGGAGUACUGCGUGCGCACGCGGGCCCCCCCCGCGGACGAGGGCUCCGACCUGUUCUACGACGAUUACUAUGACGACGAGGACCUCGACGACGACGAGGACGGCGAGGACUGCUGCUACGACGAGGACGACUCCGGGACGGAGGAGUCCUGAUGCCCCCCCCCCUUUCUCAUCAUAGCCCCGCCCCUUCCUGCCCAAAGCCCCACCCCUUCCUGUUCAAAGCCCCGCCCCCUUUUUCAUUAAUUUCCCACCCCUUACGUCAUAACCGCACCCCAUUCCCUGCAAGGCACAGGCCCUUUUCUCCCCAAGGCCCCUUCCUUUUACACUGUAACCCCACCCACUCCCUUCUGAGCCACUGCCCUUCCCGUCGUUACUCCGCCCCUUCUCCACCUAAACCAAUCAGAGCUCCCGUAAUGCCUCGGCUAUGGAUCGCCAGCCAGACCUGCUUUUUGAAUGCAUGUAUAUUUACCGCCAAAUAAUCAACAUUUGGUGGCAAAUGUAUAAUUACCAAAUUUUUUUGUCCACCCCCCCAUUAUUUUUUUCUCAUGUGUCCCCAUCUCCCCCGCUCCACUUCAGCGCACGUGCGCCGCUUUUGCCGUCUGCGUCCCGGGACGUUCCGGUGAAUCCACCCUUCGUUGAAGCGCGCCCUGCACCCCCCUGCACGCCAGGGGCUCCCCCCUUUAAACGAGUAGAGUACGGGACUGGAUCAUGUGACUGAGGGAGGGGCAGGGGCCCUGCUCUUGUCUCUGAUUGGCUCUCGAUGGUCCUUGUGAUGCGUUGAGCCUGUUCGCUGAGAGCCAAUCCGCACGCAGGCUCGCGAGCCUUUCGGCCUCCCCAGCCAUCUGCUGUCAGACGUUUAUAUUCACUGCCCAGUUUAGCAAUAAUUCUGUCUGUCUGUCUGUCUGUGUGUGUGUGUUUGGGUGUGGGUGAGCAUGGCGGGGGUGUGUGUGUGUGUGUGUGUGCGUGCACGUGUGUGUGUGUGUGUGCAAGCGUGUGCGUGUGUGUAUGUGUGUGUGUGUGCGUGUGCAAGCGUGUGUGUGUGCGCGUGUGUGUACGUGCGUGUGUGUGUGUGUAUGGUGUGCGUGGGUGUGUGUGUGCGUGUGCAAGCGUGUGUGUGUGUGUGUGUGCGCAGGUGUGUGUGUGUGUGUGUGUGUGCAGGUGUGUGUGUGUGUGUGUGUGUGUGGUGUGCGUGGGUGUGUGUGUAUGUGUGUGUGUGUGUGCGCGCAGGUGUAUGGAUGGGUGUGUGAGUGUGUGAGAUGGAUGGGUCACGCUCUCUUGAACAGGAUUGCCCUCUCGCUGCCUCCCGAUUGGAGGCCGCUUCUCAAGAACCGCAAUUUCGCUCGCAAAGCCAGUAAAGCGAUGUAGCUUCGUUACCCGGGCAACCGCUGGGUCGUCAGGUGAGCCGUGCCCGUAGUAACGGCGGCCCGACUCCAAAGCCGUCGACAGGGAGGGCGAUUGGCUUUCACAGAUUACGCGUUUUUCCUUCCGAAGUCUGGCAUUCGUUCGCUGCUCUGCUGUGAGAGAUGUGUGUGUGUGGGGUGGAUGGGGGAUGGGGGCUGGGGGCGGGGGGGGAGGGGUUUGGGUUAUGAUGAAUUAUGAUUAUGACUCGUAGGGUCUUUAGAAUGAAGAUCUUUCGGAGCACCGGGACGCCCGGCGCAGCUGUGGGUUUUAAUUGGCUGCGGUCACAUGGCGCUCCGUUCCUUUGUCUGUGAUCAGCACGUUCGGUUCUCCUCAGAGACAGACUCGUACAGGAGGGAAAAGGGAGAGCAGGGGCGUGUCUAAAGGGGUGGCACGGGGUGGCACCUGCCCCCCCCCCCCCUUCCCCCGAAAUAUGAUAUGCCCCCCCAACGCCACUGGGCUAGCGUACUGUCAAAACAGUUAUUCAAGACGAAACGAUUUUCAGACUCUUGUGCAGGGCCACUUUUCAUGUAAUACCACCUGUAUUAGGGCACAGGGCACUGCACAAGAGCCUGAACAUUGUGCCCAGUGUUUUCUAAGCCAAUGCUCAACGCUGUAUUUGUUUCUGAUAUAAUUUUCUGAUUUCCCAUGCCCGCCCCCUCGACUGGUUCUUGGUCCCCCCCGUGCCACCUCGUUUUAAAAAUCCUGGAAUUGCCCCUGGAGGAGGGACCUCUGCUUUCUGUCCUACUCUACUCCUCUUUGUGAAUCUGCAAACUUUUUUUUUUUUUUUCCAUUUUCUGAAAUGUUUUAAACUCUGUAGAGAUUAUUGACCUUAGAAACUUUAUUUUGUUUUUUUGUUUUUAUUAAAAAAAUGUAUCAUGUUUCCUUUUUGUUUUGGUUUGUGGGGAAAUUUUUUUUUGUGAAGCUGAUCGUUUUUUUUAUUUUGCUACUUUAUAAGUUUUUAGUGAUACUGUCGGUGUGGAAUUUCUGUCUAAAAAGGUUGGGAGUGACUAACCCUCUCAGGAAAAAAAACAAAACGAAAAAAAAAUGGGAAUUGAAAUGUAUAUGUGUGUGGGAGAAAGGGAGGGGAAGUCUUUCUGUCCCUCCACCUCUCCCUCCCUCUCCCCACUUUGAAGACUGUUCAGAGACUUUACCUUCCUGUCGAUAAGCACAUGCAGGUGUUUGCUGAUCAUGUAUUGAUGUACUUUUUUCCUCUAUCCAUUUCUUAUGGUUUGUAAAUCUAUUUAAAACCUGAAAAAAGUGAAUAAAAAAACAUUUAUUAGAAUAGUUCUGUCAAUUUUGUGAAUUAAGGGGGGAGGGUGUUAAAGGUAUGUUGCUUUGAGAGUGUACCCCCCAAGGGUUUCCAUACAUAAAGGCAAUGCAUUCUGGGUAGACUCUAGGCAUUGUUCUGGGUUCGGCUGGGUAUGAAGGGUCUUCCUCUGACUCAGCGAGGUCGACCUUUGAACUGCAGCUGACGUCACAAGCUCCGGAGGGGAGCACAUGCUCGUCUGUAUCGUUAAAAAAAAAAAACAAAGAGAAGAAAGAAAAGAAAAAAGAGUGAGUGUUGUUCAUUCGUGGAGUGUCCCUCUAAUCCUCCUGUGUGUUCCUUUGUAGAGGCUGUGCGGAAUCCUGGCAGGGCUCGGGGAUGCACACAGUCGGAUCUGAGGCAAAACCCUCACAGCUGGGCCAUUUGGUCCCUGAAAGGAUCGUAUGCAGGGCUCCCUUGUCCCGGUGUCUUGUCGUCCUGUGGAACAGCUGGGUCACCAGCAGCCGCCACCCCCCCUCCUUCCUCCAUUGUCCGCUGCACAAUGCGACAGUCGGCAGCUGUUAAAAGAAGAUUGGAUUUUUCAUAUUUGGCGGGGGCAUUAUGCCCGUUUUUCAGACAAAUGUCGGUGUGUAUCAGGUUGUCAGGGUAACGGCGGUUUCUUUCUACUACCGGUAAAAAAAAAAAAAUUGAUUUUCAAUAUGGGGGGCCUGCCCCCGCAGCCCUGGCACGGUGGCGCUGACCCGGGCACGCCGUGUUCCGGACGUGUGCUCCACGCGUUCGGCGCGUGACAGGGCCCGAAAACGCCGCCAGGCCUUUCUCCCACUCGCCCGCCCUCCCGCUCGCCCGCUGCUCCACAAUGAGGCUCCAGGUGAAUCUCUCACUCGGGGGUGAAGUGCCCAUUGUCCCACAACCUGCUUUUUAAAAAUUGUAUUUUUU